CUUCCUUAACCCCGACCUACAACCGCUAUUCUCCGUUAUCUCCGCAUACUAUCUUCACGCCUCUUAUAUUUAAAGGCUCCUUGCUCCUAUAUUUACAUCCACCACAACCAACCGCAACAAUUCUCAUACUACACUCGCUAUCAAACCAUAUUAUUGGCACUAUGGCAUCACUAGUCUGGUUCAUCACCGGAGCUUCAUCAGGACUCGGUCUAUCCCUCUCGCUGUAUGCAUUGGCAGCCGGACAUCAAGUCAUCGGAACCGUUCGGAACGCAUCCAAGUCGACAGAUGCAGUCCAGGCAAUUCAGGAUAAGGGCGGGAAGAUUGUGGAACUAGACGUCACCCAAGCCGAUGCCAUCCCCGAGGCAGUUAAAAAGGCUGAGAGCUUUUACGGGAAAAUCGAUGUAUUAGUAAACAAUGCGGGGUACUCAUUAUUAGGCGCCGUGGAGGAUCUGAAUGACAAAGAGUGUGCACUCCAGAUGGAGACUAACUUCUUCGGACCGCUUCGAGUAAUCCGUGCAGUACUCCCCAGUAUGCGCGGCAACCGGAGCGGCACGAUCGUGAACAUUAGUAGCAUCGCUGGUCAAGAUGCUCUUCCUUCUUGCGGGUUGUAUUCUGCAAGCAAGUUCGCUCUGGAAGGUCUAUCUGAGUCGUUGGCUUGUGAACUUGCGCCCUUUAAUAUUUCGGUUCUUGUGGUUGAACCCGGUGCCUUCCGUACGAAUUUCCUGUCGGCGGUUCAGAGGAAUGAGAGCGGACUUAGCGAACCCUAUAAAGGUGGACCCGUGGAUACUAUGCUAGGCAAGUUCGAGUCAGCACAGGGCAAACAACCGGGAGAUCCUGAGAAGGCGGUUGCUAGGAUUUUUGAAGUCGUCACUGGAGAAGGCGCCGCUGGUACGCUCAAGGGGAAGAUUCUGAGAUUGCCACUGGGUCCGGAUUGCGUGGAAAGGAUGCAGGCAAAGCUGGAUAAGGCCUCUGCUGACCUUGAUGCUGCGCGAGAGUUCGGACUGAAUACAAACUACGAUUAGGACAUUGGAGAGCUACAAAAGUUGGUCAAGAGUGAUGCAACACUUGGCAAAACAAAUCGGUAUCUUUAGGCAGAUAUAAUGGUGGUGUGAAAGACAUAGUCCAUAGAUUCUAGAUUAGCCACCCUAUACGCUUGAUUUAGAUCCCGUUAACAUUCUGUGAUGUACUUAAAAAGACACUAAGGGAGCUCUAUUACAAGCGGAGUAGUUUAUAAU